AUGGCGCAAAACAACACGGGCCUCGAUGACAGCCAGCUGGACCGGUUGCCCAUCCCACCGCUGGCGGACACGCUGCAGCGGUACCUGGAUCGGCUGGAGCCGCUACAGGAGGAGCACAAGUUCCAGAGGACACUUGCUGCGGUGCGGGCGUCGGAAGAACAGCUGACGUGCCUGGACAGACGGCUGCGACAAUACGACAGCGAGCUGGCGUUGGUCGAGCCGGCGACGACAUAUAUCGAGCAGUUCUGGUACGACUCGUACCUGCAGACCGACGAAUCGGUGGUGGUGAACAUCAACCCGUACUUCCAGCUGGCGGACGAUCCGACGAUGCAGAACAUCUCGCGGGGCGGCUUAGGGGAGCACUCCGUGCAGAUAAAACGUGCGUCGAAGCUGGUGGUGUCUAUUUUGAAGUUUGUGAGGGCGAUCAGGCGCGGCUCGCUGAGCCCAGACACGGUGCGCGGCGUGCGCCUGUCGAUGGACCAGUACGCGAAGCUGUUCGGGUCUUCGCGGAUACCGCCGGGGCCCGGAGAGGACUCUUGCCAUCUGCAGACAGAUCCCACGUCGCACCACGUAGUGGUGAUGUAUCAGUCGCAAUUUUACUGGUUUGAUGUUUUGGAUGUCAACAAUGAGCCUAUUUUCCAGACGCCUGAGGAGCUCGAGUGGAACCUGUACUCCAUAAUAAUGGACAAGGAGCGCGAACAGGGUGCGCCUUACCCGUGGGGCGUGUUCAGCACAGAGGUGACGGGGGUGUGGUCUGCGAUUCGCCAGCACAUAGCAAAUGCGGAAGAUCACACUAACUGGAACAACCUGAAGAUCAUAGACAGCGCGCUCUUCAUCAUAUGCCUCGACGAUGUCGAGAUCGCAGAAGGAGUUGAAAUGGCGCAGUCCAUGCUGUGUGGUACCUCUGACAUCCAGGUCCCAACGCCAUCCGAGUUGAAGCAGAACAUCAAUAACGGUAUCCCAUCCGGAGUGCAGCGUGGCACGUGCCUGAAUCGCUGGUACUGCAAGCUGCAGCUCAUCGUCACCAAAAAUGGCAAGGCUGGGAUCAACUUUGAGCACACAUGUGUCGAUGGCCACACGGUUUUGCGUUUGGCGCGGGAUAUCUACACGGACAGCAUUCUGAACUUCGCUCAGGGGAUUACAAAAUCAGUACCGACUGUGUUCUCAUCUGAGCCAUCGUCGUGCCCGUAUAGGAACGGAUCUUCAGGCGCCAACUUGAUCACCAUCCCGAGGCGACUGGAGUGGAAACCCGACUCUUAUCUCUUGUCCUCGCUGCACUUCGCUGAGACACGGUUAAGCGAUAUGCUGUCACAGUUUGACUUCGCGGUGGUGGACUUCCGUCGCUAUGGCUCCAAUCACAUCAAGACACACUUCAAGACCUCACCCGACGCGUUCAUGCAGAUGGCAUUCCAGACAGCAUAUUACGCAUUGUAUGGUAAAUUCGAGAUGACAUAUGAGCCCGCUAUGACGAAAUCGUUCCGCAAUGGCCGCACAGAGGCAAUCCGCACCGUCUCGCAUGCGUCCAAGACAUUUGUGAAGUCGAUGUUCGACAACGUUAGCACCGAUAAAGAGAGGAUGCAGCUGCUGCAAAGCGCGUGCGCUCACCACUCAAAAAUCACCCGCGAAUGUGGCGCAGGCCAGGGCCAGGACCGCCAUCUCUACGCUCUUUACUGUCUGUGGAAAAAUAAUCUCUGUGACGAAAUACUCUCCAUCCCUCUGUUCGAAGAUCCAGGUUGGGAGUUGCUCACGACGAACGUAAUCAGCACCUCUAAUUGCAGCAACUCCUGCCUCAAGAGCUUCGGCUUUGGUCCUGUGUGCGCCAAUGGCUUCGGCAUCGGAUAUAUCAUUCGCGGUGACAGCCUUUCCAUUGUGAUCACGUCACGGCACAGACAAACCAGGAGACUGGCUUCGCUGAUUGAGCGGUUUCUCACCGAACUAGAGCGUACCGCCCAGCGGGCCAGCUCCGAAGCCGGCUUACGCGCCGAAAAGUCCAACGACCUCAAGUACUUGCUAUCCGGUUACGACUAUUUCGAUGUCAGCAUCCUUGGCUAG